CCCCGCCUACGCAUCCCAGGAUGAAUUUUAAAUCUAAUAAUCUGAGUGGUAAGUACAUAGUAAAAUGUCAGAUGCCCAAUAUGAAGAAAGAGCUACAAAUUAUAGCCGCUAACAAUCAAAGCGAUUUUUCUCAUUCACCAAUGCAUGGGAGUACAACAAAAAGAUUAUUUGUCUUUUCCAAAAAUCGAUUUGUUCAUGUUAAAGAUGAAACAGAUCAAGUAAAUACAUUAAAGACGCACACGAAAAGUUCCAUAUUAACAGCGCGUCCAAACUACACACCGAGUAUACCCAUUUCUAGCAUUCUUAAAAAUAAGACCCUAAAGAUAGCAUCUUUAAAGAGUACACAUCCACUCAAAAUAAACAAUGAUCAAUCAAAAGAAACUCUGGGCGGUUCUACGAAAAAGAAACCAGAGAAUCUUUACAUGAAAUCCUUUCAUCAAAACAAUAAAUUUUUCAAUCGUAAUUUAUUGAAAGAUCAAUGCAACAAAUUGCUUGAUUCAUAUCACUGUCUGCAAUACGAUUAUCCAUUUUUAUGUAACAAAUUGGACAAACAAAAAGAAGGACGCGAGAUUUUUCGCUCUGAAAAAAACAAGGUUCCGUGGUAUAAAAAAUUUUUAGCAAAGUGUCAAGCAACAACUGCAACGCCUCCUAAAUCAUCACCAUUUGUUCAAAAACCGAAUCCUCCCGUGAGGUCCACAGAUGCAGUAUUAGAAACAAUGGAUAGGCAUUUAUUAGAUAUACACUCGACAAAUCAGUGUUAUUUUCACUACUCGCCUAAAACAAGUGUUUUCAGCAAAUGGAGAGUUAUCAACACACUAGGGUUCGGUACCUUCGCUAAAGUGUACAAAGUGCAGCAUCGUCACUCAGGAAAAUUAGCGGCAGGAAAACUAUUGGAACCUCAAAAGUUUGAUAUGGUAACGCAGGAACGUAUCAGUGAAAUGUUUUCUAAAGAAAUACGAUAUCUCGUAAAAUGUCAAUGUCCUGGUGUUGUAACUGUUUACGAACUUGUUCGUGGUUUUGAAGGAUGGCUUUUAGUACAAGAACUUGUUUCUGGCGGGACCCUAUGGGAUGAUUCAAGUUCACAAUGUGAAAUGGAGCAGUUUCUACUAUUUUCUCAACUGCUUCAGACUUUGCUGACAUUGCAAGAAAGAGGCAUUGUUCAUCGUGAUUUAAAGCCAACCAAUAUAUUAAGAUUUAAACAAGGUGGACGCCUGUGUGUAACGGAUUUUGGUUGGUCGGAGUCGGUAGAAAAUUUGAAUAAUUAUAAUCAUGAGCUUCCAGGAACUAUAGAAAUUAAUCCACCUGAAGUUUUACAACAUCGGAAUGAUAAAUGUCAAAAAAUCGACAAUUAUGCCUUAGCCCUUAAUAUGAUGCUACUCUUUAGCCAUCAGUUCAUUUGUCGUGACGAGAAGUUAUCUACAAAAGACGCUGCAAGACAAAUGUUAAAAAGUAUUGCUUUAAUACGUAAUGGGAGACCACUACCUGGUUUCUCUCAAGACGCAUGGACGGUUUUCUUAGGGUUAUCUGAAUUUCAAGCAAAACAACGCUUUUCACUUUUAGAGGUUGUGGAAUCAUCAUGGUACACACGAAUGAUGUGUAACCUCAUACAUCAAAAGAGCAUUUCAAAUGGUUCCCAUAAUGCUAUAGUUGAUUGUAGUUCCUUCUUUUGGCAUGAAACUUUGCGAACCUUAGCACGGCAGCUUCACACCUACAUUAAAACGGCUCCAAAAUUAUCUGUGUCGCCAUAUAAUACAAAAAAUAACAACGGACGUUUUGGCAACUCAAAAAUACCGUUUGAUAUUUACACCAAAAACUUAACAAGUACGCAAGGUAUUGCAAAUGAUCAUACAAGGCUGAAUCCAACGAGAAACGAAAAGAUUGACGAGGAUGAUUAUGGGAAUAUCUACUGUUCGGACGCUCAAAGCACAACAAAUAGUAGUAAGGUGUAUGACGUUGAUUCAGAAUCUGUUGCUAGAAGAAGACAGUGGAAUCGAUGGUUUAAUUGCUCAUCUAAUAACACAAGUCAAAAUUUAGAAACGUCAAGCGUUUCACCUUUAGCGAAAAUUGGGGUUGAAAGUGUGACAAUGGAUUCUUUGGUUAUUAGUUUAAAAAGUCCAUACAAGUGUAAACAUGGCCAUAAAAGUUUAGAUGGUAAUAUUUCAAAUAAACAUGAAAAGUCUGAAUCAAACAAGUCAUUUCAACUAAGUUCACUAGACCAAUCUGACUGUUGUAGUCAAAAGCAUUAUGUAGAAGACAAGCAAAGAAAAGUGGUUCCACCCUUAUCCUUUGAUAAACUUGCAAAUUUUAAAAAACGCACAGAAAUCGACGCCUAUAACCAAGACGAUUACAGACUUUCAUUGAUGCACUUGGUUACACACAGGUAUAACGGAAACCAAAACGAUUAUUCCAGGUGCUUUGAUCGCCACAAAAUAAAUGAUUACGCAACAACGUAUUCGAAAACAUUUCGACUAACCGAAAAAACUUCAUAUUGUCCUCCGAUUGUGUAUCUUUAUAAUAAACAAGUUGACGAAAACUGUCUUAGCGAAAAAAUGCCUCCUGCAGUUAAUAUAGCUCACAGAAUUAAAAAAAACUCAAAAUUACACAAUUUUCAUACAGAACUUCGCUGCCGUCAAAAUAACUCUUACCUACCAACACAUCUUAAAGGUUCUGUUGAUGUGUCCGAAAAUUUUUAUCAAAAUCCCUUAAAUACAUCGAGACUAGGACUGGGUUUACCAUCCACCACACAAUCAGCGAAAUAACUCAUUUUCUAAUAAUUUAAAAUUUUUUCAAAAAAUAUGCUAUGCUUUAUUUUUUUUUAUCAAAAGCAUCUAUUCAAUAGAAUAAUGACUUGUUACAUUCUACCAUUUUUUAUUAAAUAUUUUCUUUUGUUUUAACAAUGUCAAGAUAGAACCUUACUGUAAUGCUUUUUCUAAUAAAAGGCUAACCAAUGUAUUGUUUAUAUCCUCUCAUAUACUUAGUGUGUGCUGAUUAUAUAUUUUUCUACACUUUUUGCACGAAGGAUCAGUUUAACGUAAAUUACAAAGUAGAUUGUUUUGAUUAAACACAUUAUUAACUUCCACAAAUGGUUUACAAGAAGAAAACUUGUUUAC